GGGGCUUCCGUAGUAAUACGUGAAGAAAACCGACCGAGACCGUUGGAAAGGAGACGGUGGACCUGCACCGCCACACUGCAUGCCAACAAAAAUGCCAACAAUAACAUGGGCAUCAGGUCCAAAAGCAGCAGCAGUAGCUCCUACAACAAAAGACCCAGCUUCAAUUCCUGCAGCAGUUCCACAACCAACAUGCCCAUCAGCUGUUCCUGCACCAGCACUUCCACCACCUACAGGUCCAGCAGCAGCUCCUGCACCAAUACCUACAGCAGGUCGAAAGCGAGCACCUGCACCUAUUCCCUGGGUGGUUUGAACCUAUUGAACCUCACCGACGAGGUUUCGGAGUCCUUUGGCAGUGUUACCGCAGAUUCCAUCUUCGUGCACCCAGACUACCACCCCGAAAAUGAGCAAUCCAAUAAUCUUGCAAUUUUGAAAUUGAGUCAGCCUGUGACAUUCAGUCCUCAGGUGCAGGCCAUUCGUUUGUUCAACGGGAGUUCAACAGAUGUAUCUGCAGGCUCCGUCACUGCGUAUGGAAUCCCUGAAAGUUUUGAUGCUUUCAAGUGCGGAGUGGCAGAAGUAACAACAACAAUAUCACCAACCCAGGCAUCAUCAACCCAAGAAUCAUCAACCCAAGAAUCAUCUACCCAAGCAUCAUCUAGUACAGCCACAACUGCAUUGACAAGUACUGCAAGUGCUACAACAACCAGCACAAAAAUGAAAUGGGGAAGAGAGGAUUCCACACACUGGGAUGAUGGAAGAUGUUUAAAAGAGAUCUUCAUGCACUUCCUGCAUUUGUUUUGGGCCAAACUUGGGCUAUUGUGUCCCCAUCCAGAACCACUAGAGCCACCAGUUAAGACUCAUACCACUGCACUGAGAAAUAAACGUCUCUCUCAGAUACGAAUGAAAUUUUGUGGAAAAAACGAUUCUGUGGCUGGAAAC